AUUAAGUGUCUUCAAAAUUAAAAUACGUUUGUCUAUACUUCUGACACGAUAGCAGAAUAUUCAGGAAAACGAAAACAAUUUACAAAAUUGUGCGUGAAAAAUCUAACACUUAACAAUAUAAUAUAUUCAGUACAAAAAAUUUCAAAGACUUGAAUUAAACAAACUUGUAAUGGGCAAAAAAGAGGGCAGCAUGCAGCGUAAGCCCUACGAGGAGAUCGGAGCAAUUUUCAACGGGAAUGAGGUUAAAAUUCGGGUACCGAAGACCACAUCGAAACCACCGAAAUUAACACCAUCACAGUUGAAACUUCAGCAACAAUGCACGUGCGAUGAUGAGGGCUCUAUUUGCUCGGAGACCUGUGGCUUAUCCGGGGAAGAAGAUAACGGACCGGCGAACAAACUUAACUUUCAGAUACCAGACGACAUUUGUGAGGCGCUCACUAACAGGACAGCCUUGAAUUCCGAACUCACGUAUAGUAAAAAGGAAGCUCACGAAACUCUGUGCAACGUCUGCAAUGUAACUCCUAAGGACGCCCCAAAAGGAGUACAGGCUCAAAAAGUUUUGCAUCCUGACAAGGACGUGUUUGUACUUAAAAUAGGCAAGCAAACUGAUGAACCGAAUCGCACUGGAAAUAUAGAGGUGGAAUUGAUUACACCGCGCGCUCCGGCAAAAAUGAAACCAGCUACGCAUUGCUGCAAGCUUAUCCAAUGUGAAGAAGAGGACAUUCCGUGUUGUGUACCUUGCAGAACAUGCCGCGCUGUAGUCCCUAAGAGGAAAAAGGCUAGACGGAUAAAAUGCUGCCCUUAAAUAUUUGUAGAAAUCAAACAACUACAGCCUAAAUUGUGACAGAGUAUAUAGCUGUUGUAUCGUCGACGCAAAACUGUUAAAUAUAGUUCUUUUGAAA